AGCAUGAUGAAGUUGAAGUUGUUUAGCAUACAAGAUUGGCGGUGAUUUUUUGCCGCCUUCCUCGAGGCCGCUGUCUCUACCUCCUGUCUCUACCUGGUUUUGAGGCAACCGCCCUCGUUCAGGUACCGAAGUGGAGCUACUUAAUGACCGAGGCGGGGAGGUUAGUUUAGUAUUAGUUGUGCCAGUUUCUAUUUCCAGCCCGUAGGCACGCGAUUCGUCCUCGCAUAGAAGUACUUAUUUUAUCUUCAAUGUCCUCCUCGUCGAGCUCUUACAGCAGCUCGUCGUCAGCCGAUGAAGGUGGCGCAAAAGAACAACGAGGCAGUUCUAAGCGACGACGCCGACGCAGUCGCCGUGUGAAAAGACGAGCUUCAGAUGCAACUUCGUUUAUGGUCUGGCCACCAAAUAAAGCCUGGCACUCUCAACGAACUCAUGUGUGGGCAGAGGGCAUUCAUUUGCCCGUAUGAUUUUUCAUAUUCGUCGGAAAAAGCAUUCAUGCGCCACUUUUUUUAUAGAAAAAUGCGUACAGUGACCUACCGAAACUUCUAUUUUGAAGAUUUUACAUUGCAAUAUAGAAAAAUGCGUACAAGAACUAUCGUCCACAUUGAUCACAGUCCUGAAGUUUGACCCUUAGAGCGGGGUAACAAAUUAAGACGAUUUGUGGUCAUCCCACUUUUCACCCGCCCGGCCGGGUGGGUGAAAAGUGGGACGGAACCGGAUCCACGCGUACGCGAACGGAGAAAAGCAAGAUCCGGCCAGUCGGCCCGGAUCGUGGUUCUGUCCCACUUUCCACCUACCCGGCUGGGCGGGUGAAAAUGAGGUUGCAGCUUUGCUUCGGCGUGCAAUGAAUGUCGUCGUCCUCACACUCGCUUUGUUGAGUGGGGUCAAGUGUUUAUUUUUUGUCUUGGGAUUGCAACCUAUUCCAGCUCGAGCGGAUCGGAUUCCAGCACGAGAAGCAGUGCCUCAGGUUCGUACGUAGCUCCUCCUUCCGGUCGACAAGAUCAUCGACGCAAGGCGAUGAAGGCAAAGAAACAAAAUAAGAACUUGGCGGCGCAGCGACUACGAACAAGCGCACAAACAAAGCAUGAGGGCAAAAGGACCAGCAGUGGCCGCGUCCCGCGUCGUGGCAGCGGUGUGUCUGCGUUCGGAAGUGCGGAUGAAGUCCUCGGACCAAGAAGAAUCGUAUCACCCUUCACGCCCAACGUUGAAGGAACAGAUCAGGCAAGACCACUACUCGGACACCCCGGGACACCACCAGCGGUGGUGCGAGCGCAAACUGGAAGACCACCAUUUGCAUUCUCGAAAAGUAGAGCAAGAGCAGGUGAAGCAGGUGCAGGACUUGUUGAUACCGGUGGCCGCGGGGCACCAAGUUCACAGCAGAAGCGACCUUUAACCGGCUACAUAAACAGCGACUCGGAUGGCGGUCCAGACUACGCAGCGCUCAACAUAAAAAAGCCUUCCGCAGCCUUCGUCACGGUAUCACGCAAGCCACCUUCUCCUGGCCGAGCGGGCCUGCAGAGAACCCGACAAGAAACCCUGGAACGCUCGCGAGAAAGGGCCAGACGCUGCAUCUUUGUUGUGCUGCUGCUAGUUGCUGCCGUAGUUUUAUUCCUCGCGCUGCUGUCUUGGACAGGUAGAGGUAGUACAGGUUCUAACUCUUAGUUGGUUCUUUUCGCAUCUUGCUGUUUCCCCGUAUCUAUAUAUAUCUCCUUUUAUUUAGAGUUUACGACUAUCUAAAGUUCUUUGUUGAAAAGGCGGUUGCCCAAAAACACCCUGGUCGAUAUUAGGGCUGGAACAAAAGGAGAACAUGAACUGUUGCCCUCGUCACAUUCGGUCGAAAUGACUUCGCGGGAGGUCUGUUUUAUAGAUCAUGACUCGAACAACAUAAAGUCAGAUACGUUAAUGGAUCACAGACUGUGUGGUCCUCUGUGAGUGUGACAUAAAUUUGCUGCCCACUUGAUGUAGCGAAUGAAUUUAAAUGAAGGUAAUAGCGGUAGUGCGGGGCCCCCCGGUUUUCCUGCACCUGCUGUCCAUCUUACGAAAAUGGGACGCAAGAAAGCGGCAAAUAAGGCUAAGAAGAGGAGCACGUCACGAGAUCACAAUCAGAAAAUCAAGAGUGGUCGAGUUUUGUUGACAACAUGCAAUUGCAUUUGCGCUUUCCCACCAGCGACAUUGACCACAUGAAAACCCGUUUCUAAGUACGCGUAUCGGUUACGUGAGAGGUCAUGGACCACGUGGCUCACAUCUUGUCCAAUCUACUGAUGAAAGUUUGUUCAGAGUGUACUUCAGGGACUUUGCCAUUCACUUCUGAUCGUGAAGGUGAACGUGAUCAACCCACCGGGGACGCUUUUCUUGUAGUUUUCCUUUCCACAAAGCAGCCGGUGCCGGCAUCGGCUUACCAUGCAGGGGCAGUCGGAGCGGGUCCGGGCGGAGCACAUGACUAUUACGCCGGGGCGGUUGGACCCGCCACGCCUCCUGGUGGACCGGCGGCACCGGGGUUCCUGUCCGGCCCGGUCCCGGACCACCACUCUAGCUCUUCCAGCUGGGGAAUCGCGGAAAUGCUGCAGCGCUGGCUGCAGUCGCCUGCACUCGUCGCCGCAUUGAUUCUCGGAAGUCUUCUUGCUGUAGGAGGAGUCUUAUGGUACCUAGGUGUUCUGGUCCUAUAGUGAUAAAACCUACGACAGAAGGUGGGAAUAAGAAAAGUAGUAAAAUAAAUGACAGUCAUUGUCAUAUUGUUCUUUAUUUUUUAUUUUUGAUACUUACCAUGCUUGAAUAUGAAAAAAGUAGUUCUUAAGUUUAUGCGUGACGCCCAUUUUAUUUAAAAUGGACGAGCAGCAGGCGCUUGUGCUGGUGCAGGUUUGUCCCGCCCGGGAGUUUACGAAAGUGAAAUCCAGACAUCGCUGCUAGCCAAUAAGCAAAAAAUCCUCUACUUAAUCCAGCCUAAAAGCGGGCAUAUCUCUCUUCGCAGCGACGAAAUACAGCUGCUUGUAUCGUGGUACCAGCUGUACGACCUAACCUACCCUUCUAACAUGAUUCUGUGCCCCUUGGUGAUACUAGGGAGGCUAAGGAAAUACAACAAGACCCAGAGGAACUCCACGACGACAGCACCAGCGUAUUCAGAUAUUAAUUUUCGGUCGGCGGGGUGUUUGGUAUUGCUGCGGUGUUUCGACUUGCUCUCUAGCUUUACUCGCACACCAUAGAAUGACGUCAGCAUCGGACCAUGCUCUACUUUUGCUAGCUGCUCAUGAAGCAUUUGAGUUGACCACGUACCGGGGCUAAAGCUGCAGGUACAUCAGUGCAGUUUGCUUUUUUGUCUGCAGAAACUGAUAAAAAGAACGCAGGACGAAAAAAAAAAAAUAGAAUUCCUGUCGACGGCAU